CCGCCUCUGCCUCCGGUUCCGGUUCCGGGUCUGGUGCCGGCGGCCACAUGGAGCACUUGUUCAAUGACAAGGCGCAGCAAUUCCUGCUGGAAAUGGCGCGCCUGCGCGAACCCGUCUGUGAUCUGGAUAUACGUGAUACUGGCGUCUAUGCCAAGACACAUCUGCCCCGCGGCACCCGCUACGGACCCUUCCCCAUGCGCCUCUGCCAGCAGCCCAGCGAUCGCCAUCUGGCCUGGGAGGUAAUCGCCGGCCCGCUGUUCCAUGGCUGGCUGGAGCCUUCGGCGGAUGUGGCCACAUGGCUGAAAAAAAUACGCGCCGCGCCGAGCGCCGAAAUCGAAGAGGCUAAUUUAAGGAAUUUCAUAACCGCCGGCUAUCUGUGGUACGAGACGAAGCGCGACGUGAAUGCUGGCGCGGAAAUUGUCGUCGAUGCCAGGUCCAAAACCCCCUACGAUAUAAGCGACAGCUUCAUGAACGGCAGCGCUGCGGGCAGCAGCAGCAGCGGCGCAGCAGCCGCAGCGGCGGCAGCGGCAGCGGCGGCAGCCAUGGCAGCGGCAACCAACAGCAGCAGCAGCCAAAACAACAACAAUAACAACAACAACAACAACUGCGAUGAUCGCAGCGAUCGUGAUAACGGCUUUUACAGCGGCGACGAAUUUUCGAAGGAGAAGAAAAACUCAUCGUUAAAUAGUCAGUGCGACAACGAUUUCACAGACGACGAAAACGGUUUCGAUAUACGCUGUGAGGUCUGUGAUAAUGUCUAUACGGAUCUAGAACGCCUGGAUGAUCAUCUGGUUGGCGCGCAUCAUUUCAAGCGCGGCGAAUUCGGCUGCGAGCUCUGUGCCCAACGUUUCUCCCAUCGCCCUUUGCUGAUCAAACACGGCGCGAUCGCCCAUAAUAAUAUCAGGAAAUAUUCCUGCGAGAAUUGUUCCAAGGUAUUCUGCGACCCAUCGAAUUUACAGCGUCAUAUUCGCGCCUAUCACGUCGGCGCUCGCAGUCAUCCGUGUCCGGAGUGCGGCAAAACGUUCGCCACCUCGUCCGGGUUGAAGCAGCAUCAGCAUAUCCAUUCGUCCGUGAAGCCAUUCGCGUGCGAGGUCUGCUUCAAGGCGUACACACAAUUCUCGAAUCUGUGCCGGCACAAGCGCAUGCACGCCGACUGCCGCAUGCAGAUCAAGUGCAAGAAGUGCAACACUAGCUUCAGCACGGUCACCUCCCUCUCCAAGCACAAGAAGUUCUGCGACAGCUCACACAGCUUUCCCAGCCAGCCAAACAGUCGACUCCAUCACCACCAGCAACAGCAGCAGCAGCAGCAGCAGAUCGCGACGCAUCAUCAGUCGGCGCCGCCGCCGCCGCCGCCGUUGCUUUUGCCGCCAGGUGCUCAUCAGCGACUCGCCGCUGCCGCCGCCGCGGCCGCUGCCAGCAGCAGCAGCAGCGAACCGGGCAGCUCUGCAGCCAUGGCCACGCCGCCGAAUCAUAUAUUCAUGAUGCGUCCGACGCCGUCGUUCUUUCCGGGCUUUCCGCACUACGGCUUGCCCAACUUCUUUACGCCCGGCCUGCAGCAGACGGGCAGCUUCCAGCUGCCGCACAUGUUCUCCGCCGGCGUGGACAUGGGUCGCGGCCUGGCGCCGCUUGUCUCGCCGAACGCGACGUUCCAGCAGCAGCUGCAGGCGGCCAUGAGCCUCAAGUCGGAGGCGGAGGCGCCGUGCCUGAAGCGCGCGUCCAACACGCCGGAGCGCAAGCCCAUCAAGGCCGAGCUCCAGGCAUCCGAUGAGGAGCCGGAGGAGCAGGAGGAGCCGGAGGAGCACCUGGACUAUAAUUGCAAGCUGCAGACCGACUGCAAGCGGGUCAAGCGGGAGAGCAGCUGCUCGCAGCCCCCAGCAGAAGAUGAGCAGGAGGACAUUGACAAUGACAGGAAAUCGAUAGACAUAAUCAGCACGCCGCCGCCCGCGGAAACGGAGCUGCAGCGGGAACUGGAGCCGCAGCCGGAGCUGGACAAGAGCAGCGCAGCGGAGUUGCCGCUCGACUUGUCCAUCAGUCGCAAGCGACGCAGCUCGCACACGACGACACCCGUGCCGCUCGCCAUAUCCCUGUCCAGCCGCACGCCCACGCCCGAAAUGGAGGAGGCGGAGGAGCCGGAGACGGAGGCGGAGGCGGAGAGGCUGCCGCCACCGGCCAAGCAGCUGAAGCACAGCUCCGGCGAAUCGUCCACCUCCCGGCAAUCCUACAAGGGCAGCUGCCGCAGCACGCCCAGCGUGAGCGCCUCGCCGGGACCCACGCCCUCCCCCUCGCCGCCCAUCAGCAGCAAUGGCGGCAGCAACGAGCUGAGCAGCAUGUCCGAGAGCGGCGCUGCCGCUGCCGCCGCUGCUGGCGCCGCUGCCGCUGCGGGCGCUGCUGCCGCUGCCGCAGCCGCGGCAAUGGCCUGUCCACGGCAGAUGCAUCCGCAGCUGCUGCUGGAGGAGUUCUAUCGGACGACCUUCAACCAACAACCGUUUCAUUUUUUAGGCCAAAUGGGCGGACGGCCAGGUUUUGAGUCGAAGACGCCAGCUGCUGCCAGCAGCAGCAGCAGCAGCAGCAGCUCGCGUCAUCUGCCGUUUCCGCCCGAGCACAAUUUCCACGAGGCGCUGCGUGCCGCUGGCCUGGCCGCCGCCGCCGCCGCCGCCCGACCACAGACAGUCGCCGCCGCCAACAACGGGGGCAAGCUGAAGGAUCGCUACACCUGCAAGUACUGCGGCAAGGUGUUUCCGCGCUCCGCCAAUCUGACGCGGCAUCUGCGCACGCAUACCGGCGAACAGCCGUACACGUGCAAGUACUGCGAUCGGGCGUUCAGCAUCUCCUCGAAUCUGCAGCGGCACGUCCGGAACAUACACAAUAAGGAGCGACCGUUUCGCUGUCACAUGUGCGAUCGGUGCUUUGGCCAGCAAACGAAUCUCGAUCGGCAUCUGAAGAAGCACGAGGCGGACGCCGGCGGCUUCGAGUACAACGAUUCGCCCAGCUCCAAUGAGGCCAACGAUCGGGACGAGGCCUGCUUCGACGACAUACGCUCCUUCAUGAAGGGCGUCUACACGCCCAACAGCCUCCACGGCGCCGAUGGCGACACCGAGGAAUAUGCCGGCAGCGACGACCAAUUGUCCGUCUCCACGCGCCAGUCCGUCAGCUUCGACAAGGAGCUGCUGCUGCUGCCCAACAACAACAACAACAACAACAACAACAGCAGCAACGUCAACAACAACAACAACAACAGCAACAGCAGCAGCAACAACAAUCAGACAACUUUGAGCGAAUCCAUCGCCGUGAGCACCUAGAAAAGCGAUUCGGCUUCUUCUUCUUGAAAACUCUAAAAAUUACUUUAAAACAAAAAAACUUUACUUAAGCGUGCCUCCGAGAGGGAAAACUAAUCUUUAAGUAGUUCGCAUUUUUUCCUUCUAGAUAUUUAACUAAAAAAACAAAAACAGAUUAUAAAGAUUAUAUCAAGAAAAAAAAACUAAUUGUAGCUAUGCAAUCAAUGGAAAAAGACGGUGAAGUAAGCAAAAAAACAAAUCGAUUUAAAUUAUAACAAAACAAAAAAAAUAUAUAAAAAUAAAUCAAAAAAAAAUGUUUCAAUAGCUCAUAUAUAAAAAACUACAACUUCUUACAAUAUGCAUAAAUGUAAAUUAAUUAUUAACAAAUACAAAAAGAAACCCACUUAAAACAUAUUCUAGUUAUCUUAAGUCUUAGUUAUGUGCUGUAUGUAAAUAUAUUUAAGUGGACUAGGUGCGACACUUGAUCAAAGUACUUGUCGUCGGAUAGAGUAUUACAGCAAGCAUAUUUUGAUUGUGUAUUCAAUAGAGCUUGCCCCACACAUAUAUAUACCCUAUAUACAUGUGUGUGUGUCUGUGUACGACUAAGUUUAAAUACGUUUAGUGCUAAUUAUUGCAAUUCUCAAAACAAAUUUUAUAACAUUUACUUAACGUUUAAUAUAUAUAGAUUAUAUAUAUAUAUAUAUAUGUAUAUGAGGAAAGAUCGUUAUGGAUAUAUUGAAAAACCAAUAAAUAAAACAAUCACAUCAAA